CCAACCCCAAUUAACCUGUGUAUGUGUGUGAGUUUAUGUGUGUGUGGGAGGAUCUGACAGAGGGUCAGAGGUUUGAGCUUACCGUGUGAAUAGUGCGACACCCACAGUACGCCGAGUUUUUCCGAAAUGUUCAGCUGGGGAGAUGGGUCGAGAGGACAGCUGCGUUCGCGUUCAAAGGAUUUCACGUGUUUUGAUGUACCACAACCUGUCGUAUUUUGCUCAGAAACCAUUUCUGAGGUUUCCUGUGGAGAGCAGCAUACCCUUUUUGUUACAGUUGAUGGCCGAGUCCUUUCAUGUGGUCGCAAUAAUAAAGGGCAACUGGGAAGAGGGAAAAGUAAAGAUUCUAGAGUGGUAGAGGGUCUAGAGGGAGUGGUGGCAGUGGCAUGUGGUCAGGAGCACUGUUUGGCCCUCUGUGAGUCUGGAGGGGUCUACUCCUGGGGUCGUGGUGAUGAAGGACAGCUAGGGAUAGAUUAUCAGCGGUCAAAGAUGUCUCAGCCACGAUGUGUUUCGAUACAAGCUCCCUGGCCAGUAUUGAUCACACAAGUUGCUUGUGGAAAUGUUCACUCGUUGGCUCUAUCGGCAGGAGGGGAUGUUUUAUCAUGGGGUAAGAAUAGCCAUGGUCAGUUGGGUUUAGGGAAGGCAGUGGAUUUCCAGACCGUGCCUAGUCUAGUUCGUGCCCUUUUGGGGGUGCCUGUGACACAAAUCUCAGCUGGAGGAGCCCACACCCUGGUCCUCACACUCCAUGGACUGGUAUAUUGCUGUGGGGCCAACAAUGCAGGACAGCUGGGCCUCAAAAGGGUGGAUGAGAAAGGUCGCUUUGGGAUAUGCUCAGUGCCUGCCCUCAGAGAUCGUGACAUAAGGUCUAUCUGUUGUGGAGAAGCACACACUGCUGUUCUCACCCGGAAUGGACAUGUUUACACCUUUGGAGAGGGGGCCCAAGGGCAGCUUGGACACAGCUCCACAGCCAAUGAGCUUCAACCCAGGAUGGUGGAAGGCCUAGAUGGGCCAGCUUCACAGAUAGCCUGUGGCAGCCACCACACCUUGGUGCUGGGAUCUUCUAAUCGCCUUUGGGCCUUUGGGAGUGGAGUCAAAGGGCAGCUGGGGAAUGGCCGCUCAGAGAACAGUACACAGCCCACGAUGGUGGAACCGACCUGGGCUGGUGUGGAAGUACAAGCAGUCAGUGAUUUCAACAUCUCAGUGGGAUGGAAUUCCAACUUUGUUUUCUUCCGACCUGAGAAGGCAACGUCACCAUUGCAACCAGUUGGAAAACUGAAUGAUGCCCAGCUGCAGAGAUGGCUAACAAUCACCAAUGGUGAUCAAAACUGUGCCGAGGCUGAAAGAAUUUCCAGGAUAUUUUCAUCAAGUUCAAGUCUUGUGGGAAGUUUCAUAAAGGACAUUGAGCCUCAAGCUAAGAUGACAGCAAAUUCUGUUAGAAUAGACUUACAAGCUGCAAGUGAGGCAUUUGACAAACUGCUGCAAGUUUCUUGGAUCCGCAAAGCAAUAGACAUCAGACCACUGGUGAAAACCCUUUGUUGUUCCUCAUCAGCUAUGAAGGCAGCGGACAUCUUCCUACUACUUCCUGUCUGUCCCCUUCUCCAUGAAGACCGGAAUGUCAUUAAUCUGGUUCUGCCACUCGCAGUGGCCAUAACUAACCUUGGUGACUCUGUCAUGGAAAUUCUACAGGGCUGGUGGGGAUCCAUGGGACAAGCGAUGAUGUCCAAGCACAUCCAGGUGUGGAAACACGCCCUGUCCUUCCUCCUGAGAGCCAACCUGAUGCAGGACUACAUCCCUGAGGUGAAAGCUACUCUCGAGGUCCUCAAGUACCUUCACAGAGCAAACAGGAAACCUGAGAAGUCUAAGCAAGUUCCUUUCACUGAUUUCUACACAGAGGAGCUCGGCCAAGACCCUAUCAUGCUUCAGACAGAUGUGACAUUGUGGAGACAAAUUAAAUGGUCACAAGUGCAGGAAGUAGAACUGACACCUGCGAUUUUCUGCCGUUUUCCAUUCCUCUUAGAUCUUCAGAGCAAGGUGCUAAUUUACCUUUAUGAUGCUCAUGUUACACAGGCAUCCCACCAAUUGAUGCAUCAGCAAUCUUUCACUGGGAGGGAAGGUCCUGGCUUCAUCCCUGAGGAGACCCCUACUCCUGUGUUCAUGCUCAAAAUCAGACGCACCCAUCUCCUGGAGGAUACAUUUAGGCAACUGGCCGCUAGUGACCAUGAAAACUUCCAAAAACAGCUGAAGGUCCAGUUUGUUGACGAGUCAAAACUGACACUUGUGCACCAAAAGGAUUUUUUCCUUCACACGUUUGAUGAGUUUUUUGCACCUGACUCUGGCAUGUUCAUGUACGAUGACACCAAAACUCUUGUCUGGUUCCCAUCUAAGCCAAAACAUGAAACCAAAAAGUACUUCCUUUUUGGAAUACUUUGUGGUCUAGCCUUGAACAACAACAACAUUGUACACUUGCCGUUUCCUCUGGCUAUGUUCAAGAAACUUCUGGGUGUCAAAGUGACACUGGAAGACCUGACUGAGUUCAGUCCUGUUCUUGGAGAGAGUUUGCGGUACAUCUUGUACGACUAUACUGAUGAUGAAAUUGAAAAUCUAGACAUGACCUAUUCAAUUACCUGGGAUGACAUUAAAGUGGAGCUGGAUCCAAAAGAAAUGGGAAAACUUGUAACAAGCAAAAACAAGAAAGAGUUUGUGCAGUCCUAUGUGAACUAUGCCUUAAACAAAUCAGUGGAGAGGGUGUUUGAGGAGUUCAAGAGGGGCUUCUUCAAAGUGUGUGCCAGAGAUGUGGUGGAAAUGUUUUACCCAGAGGAGCUGAGGACGAUGAUGGUGGGGAGGGAGGACUACGACUGGGACAGACUAAAACAGAACACAGUGUAUGAGAGAGGAUACCAUGGAAACCACCCUGUGAUUAAAAUGUUCUGGGAGGUGUUUGACGAGCUUUCUCAUGAUCAAAAGAAAGCCUUCCUCUUGUUCCUGACUGGCUGUGGUCGAGUGCCGAUCUUGGGCAUGGAUCAGAUUAGGAUGACCAUACGCGUCAGGCGCAAGUCAUCUCAGAAUCAUUUCCCAGAAUCCCUCACAUGUCAGGGCAUUCUGGACCUUCCCAUGUACCAGUCCAAAGAGAGACUCCAGACUCUGCUCACUGAGGCUCUGAACCACAACAGAGGCUUCUGGAAAGAAUGACGAACCCUCACAGUCCUUACAUGGUGUCACAGAAAAAUCUCUUGCAUCACACAUGUAUCACAUUGCAUUUGUAUCACACAUUUUGACAUUAAUGAAACCUAUUCAGUUUAUGUAGACUCUGAAAAGAAAUAUAAGAUUCACUUUUAAAUCAUCGAAUAAUGUUACUCAUGUGCACUAACAGAUGCUGUUUCUUUGAUGAAGUGUAUUAUUUACAGAUAAGUGACUAUUUAGCAAUGCAUGACUAUGAUUGACAGCACUGUAUGUUGCAUUUUUGACUAACUGAGGUAUGGCUGCGCAGUACUGGAAGAGCAUAAAUGACGUACACUUAUUUUGUACAUGUAAUGUAACAGAGAACUUUCAUCAUCAUGAGUGACUAUAAAGAUCUGAUGAACUCUUAAAA